GACGGACAAACAUACCAGACCACGUUAUUGCGGAUGCGAAGAGUUGGUCCCAGAUAGUAGGGUACGUUGCGCUGCCAGUCGGUGCGCGGACGGUCGUCCAGGACGCCAUCGAGACACAGUAUCCCAGGCGCACGGACGUCGCCAAGGUCACCGCUCUCGUUUCUUAUUUCCUCGGGUACAACAUCUCGCAUAAGAAGCCGGCUGAUCUGCGGGUGCCUGGGUCGCGGGCUCGGAGAAGCGCUAAGAUGCCGAGACUGCCCGAGGUCCCUUUUCAUGUGGGCGAUAUGGCGGUGGACUGUGCUGGCGCGUGCUUCCAGAUUGUAGCGGUUAA